GGGACGAAUUCCUCAGAAACCAGAUGUCAAGAUAGUGAAAAGAUUUUCGUUCGCGUACUGCCGCUGUGCAGAUUCUUUUUCUCCUUUUCCGCACCCAAAAGUUGGGAAAACUAACUUUAUUCCGCAGCAAUGAGUGAUAUAGAAUGUGUAAAUGGUGCGCGUUUGAACGGCAACUCGACUGAUGGCGUGAAAACACCCUUUUUGAUCGGUGUUGCUGGUGGAACGGCGAGCGGAAAGUCGACCGUAUGCAAACGAAUCAUGGAGCAACUAGGCCAAGCUGAUAUGGACCAUACGCAGCGACAAGUCGUUACAAUAAGCCAGGACAGCUUCUAUCGCGAGCUGUCGCAGGCGGAAAAGGCGCGUGCCGAACGGGGUCUGUUUAACUUCGACCACCCGAGCGCCUUCAACGAGGAAUUGAUGCUGCAAACAUUGCAGGAGAUUCUGCAAGGCAAAAAAGUUGAGAUCAAUGAAUACGACUACCGCCAAAAUGCGGUUUGUCCGGAAAAGAAAAUCGUUAUAUAUCCGGCAGAUGUGGUAUUGUUCGAAGGCAUACUGGUGUUUUAUUUUCCCGCCAUUCGCGAUCUCUUCCACAUGAAGUUAUUUGUCGAUACCGAUUCGGACACAAGACUAGCCCGAAGAGUUCCACGUGACAUUAACGAACGGGGACGUGACUUGGACCAAGUACUCAAUGCUUACAUGAAUUUCGUCAAACCAGCGUUCGAAGAAUUUUGCUCUCCGACCAAGAAGUUUGCUGAUGUCGUUAUACCGCGAGGAGCUGACAAUACAGUCGCAAUCGAUCUGAUCGUUCAGCACAUCCGCGAGUUUCUGAACAAUCGUACCCGCAGCGAUCAUAGUCCGCAUCUGGCCACAUGUGGUACCAGUGCACUGAAUCUGGCUAAUGGUAGAGUCCGUUACUUCGUGUUCCACUAGAACGUAUAGAAUAGAGAUGAAAAAAAAGAAGCUAAAACCCAAAUUUUGCAAUGAAACCAUUAGUACGGGUUAUAAAACCUUAACAAUGUUACAAAUAAAGCACACAAAAAUGGAACCCUUUCCGUAGGAUUCAACUUCAUCAAUAGUACGGAUAAAAAAACACAUUCAACUAAUUAAGAAACAAUACUUUUUUGAUCUGAAAACAGUGCUCAUGCUGUAAUAGCAACAAAAAUAAGAAAAGAAAAGAAUACCCCCGUUACUAUUGAAUGGCUCAUUUAACAUUGUAGAUUGAUUAUAAAAUUUCAACAGAGUUACAAAACAAAUCCUAAAUACUAACGGUUGGUAAGGGAUCAACAAAUGAAUGACUUGACUGCACUUUUUUUAUUUUGAGAUAUGAGUAAACUAUACAAAUAUUUAUGUAGAACGAUACAUGUUGCUUAUUCCCAAUCUUGUUAUCGAAUGUGUGUUCUGUCAGCACGGUGCAAGCUUCACAUUGGUUCGAUCUGUUGAAUCUGUUACCUAAAUACGUCAGCCAUACCACACUGAGAAGUGCCAUCGUUAUUAGUUUAUAAUUUAUCCUUGUACAUGUACUGCAUCAUUGUACUAUUUUAUUUGUUAGUGAUAUGCUCACAUCAAAUCAAAAUUGAAAUAAAUACCCAAGCUCGUUAUCUGUACUGUACGCGUUUUUGCACAUGAAAAAAUAAGCGAAAUAAUAAUACGUUCGAUUUGUUCCCCUGUCGAUUUUUACAAUGUCCUAUUGCUUUAAACCCAAUCCUGACAAAAUAAGCUACAAACUUUCGUAACAACUUAUGCCACAAUUUAUGCUCACCACCACCAAGUUGUUGUCAAAUGUAUUUAAAUUUGUUCAACGGUUGUUUUAAACUUUACGGAUGAUAAUUAUUUCAAUUUUCUUAUUUCUCUCUCCCUCUCUCUGUACCUGUUGCUUUGUAUUAUCCGCAGCUCAAACUAGUAUGCACUCGAUAUCCCCUUCCAAGAUCAAUAGUCAGCUUUAUGCGGUACUGUACGAGUACAGUUGAGCAGCGCGUAAGCGAAUACUUGUAUAGGUAAUAGGAAAGAUUUUUUAACGUCCAAUGAAUAGAAAUGAAGAAGGAAGAAAUAAAAAAAAACUGUGACGGAAAACGUAGAACAUAGUUUGAAAAUUUCAAUAUUUCCUUUAACAAAAACCUCUAAUAAUGGAAGCCACCGGUGAAUGUAGAAAAUAAUUGUAACACGACGGACGGUGGAGAGAAACGUCUUUUCGGCCGAUACAAUAAAUCUUCAAGAGCAAUAUAUCUUUUGUCAUUAGGGAUAAAAUACGUUUGUGGGUAAGGUUUGGUAAAUGCCGGUACCGGGUUUGAAUGUCGUUAACGCAGGCGUUUUGCUAUUUACUAAGUUUGACAUUUUUACUAAGCUCGUAAGCUUACACGUAGACUUUUAGCAGCAAAAGCGAUGCGUAAUAAUGAUGCAGUAGAGCAAAAAACAAUGAUAACAUUAUGGUAGGAAAAAAAAGAAGAAACUUUAACCUAAAAAGCAACAAUUUUGUAAUCCCUGUGUGAUAUCGUACAAACGGAUUAUAAUUUCGGUGGAUGUAAAAAAACAAACAAAACAUAUUUAUCACAUUAUUUGAUCAAUGCUACAAACAGACGGAUCGUUCCGAUCGUCAGAGUGCUUUGUAUGCCUAGAAACACGCAUAAAUGGCAUAAUGAACGAAUGUACAACCGUAGACGUUUGCUAACGGCGACUAAACAAAACACUUUAAACUAUAUGUACAAUAGGGUAAAACACCACCAAAUAUAUGAUUUAUUUUAUACCUAUUCUAUUUGAAAAUAAAGCUGUUCGAAUCCAUUAUAAGUGAGUUAGCGUAA